GUCAACCAGCAGGGGUCGCUGGCUUCCAAGUGACGGCCGGCAGCUGUUUACUUUUCUGAGAACAUGUGAAUUAGUUUUUCAUUAAGUUCAAUACUUUUAACACACAAAAUAAAACCAAAAGUCAGCCAUGAACAACGAGGAUGGACGUUGUGCGUGGUCCAGGCAGUCCACCCUGCCUCCUCUCUCCAGCAGGACCCUGCACCACCCCAGUUUCAUGUCUCUGUACAUGUCUUCAGGGUUUGGACGCAAUUACACCGACCUCAACAACCAAACAGUGCAUCCCAUCACCCCGGAAGAGUUUUACUACACUGACCCAACCAUCAGCUGUGGAGCGAGGAUCCCCAACAUAGUGACUGAGCUGGAGGAUUUCAAUUGCUUCCAGCUCAACACUCCACCACCAAUCAUGUCCGCCUGUCUGGCUCCACCAACCCGUCGAGACCCGUUUAGAGCAGAACCUUACUCAACCAGGGAUCUGGGCAACCCGACAUUGAAGUCCAGUACUCUCAGACCCCCGGUGCAGUCGAACCGGGUCAUCCUGGAGCUAACCCAGGAGGAGGACCAGGCCAUUACUAACCUCCUGAAACUGCGGCAUCAAAAACCUGUACAGCGUGAUGAGACCCUCACUGGUCCACAAAUGGACCUUUUCAGUGAAAACUUGGACCCGGUCGUGUUCAUUGAUCCUGCAUGUAUGGACUUCACUUCCGCUGAGGAAGAACACGAGCCUCUCUGUGGGGAUGUGCAGGAUCCAAGGGAGGCUAGUUGGCAGCAGGGAAUGCAUUGGUCCGAUGCAGAGCUCGAGGUAGCGAACACACUCUUGAGUCACUUCAGCCUGAUGGAAGAGGACAAAAUCUGGGGCCAAAACCACAACAAAUCAGCAGCAGCACUUCCUGAUCCUCCGUUGCACCAGCAGCACGACGAUUCACCAACCAGCACUGACACCCAGCAGAGUUUUCCUGCAUUAGCAACUGAAUGUUCCCAAGACGACAGCAGCUACAUCAGCUGUGGUUGUGACACGGAGUCUGAAGAGGCAGACUGGAGGGAUUUUGUGUUCGUGGAGAAAAUGAAUGCAGAUGAUGUUCAUCUGCCAGUUUGUGAGUCUCCACCAUCUUCAGCCUCGAAGAGCAGUUUGAGCAUCUCUGGAGAUUUUUCUGAGCUGAAUGAGUGGAUGCUCUCUGAUUCUGAGGGCGAUGCUGUGAAAGUUCUCCUAAGUCUCGGAGACACAGGAGCAUCUGAUGUCAUGCAGUGACUGUUUUGAACCUGAGGGUCUUAAAGGAAUACUUCACCCUAAAAACGACCACUUGUUGCUGUGUUUAAGGUCAGCAAAACUAUAUCAAAUCAUCCAGCCUCUACUAGUCUGGAGGAGUAGUGUGCCUGCACAAGCCUGCAGAAGUGUUAAAUUAUAUAUAUAUAUAUA